CGAGCAGAAAUGAGAACGCUUUUCGUUCUUUGGAGCCUGGUCUUCAAUUGAUGUCAACCGUCCGAUGUAGAUCUGACGGAGAUCCUAUGUCGGCGAAUGUUUAAACCCUAAAAUGUUUCCACGUAUAGCAGCCACUGCUACUUCGAUGUGUUCUUCUCUUUUUACAGUUUCUAGUCUUCUGCGACAAGAACUACGUGAAUCGUCUAAAACCCCUAUUACAGAGAUGAAAUUAGGUGAGCGAUGAGAGAUAUUGAUCUUACUUAUUUGGAGAUUUUCUCUUCAAACAGUGAAGGGAAGCGUCUCGGUGUCUUUUCAUUUUCAAAUCCGUUAGGAUACUUUAAUGGCGGUUUUAAAGGCGGUUUUAAAGGUGUAGUUGAAGCCGAUCGCUCAGUGUAUCUCAUCUUUAAGAAGAGUUUCACAUUACUGAAUCGCUGAUACUUGCGAGCUUGAUGGUAUGGGAGUAUGUGUUGAACCUUCUGAAUCUGAAUCCACGAGGUUUUUCUGCCAACUGUGUGAUUUGGGGGAAUUGAAGAUAGGUUCGAGUGUUCUCCCCUUUCAGAACCUUCCAUCCAUGCCGUCAGUCGGUAUGAGACUGUCAACUAGGGUUUUUGUGCCAAAAUCGGUUGUGCAAGCUGCGGAUGGGGGGAGGGUUUUACGAUCUGGGAAACGGUUGUGGUCUGAAUCUGAUGACGGGAGGCCAGGCCAAGGUUCAGAAGCUGAGGUGUGGUUUAAACUCCUUGAUCAUUCUGGAGAUGCGGAUGAUGUUCUCUAUUGCAAGGACAAUGGGUGGAACAAUAUUGUAGCAGAGAAAGGAGUAGCUUUGAAGCUUUUGGAUAGGGAAAUGGCGCCAGAAUCUAUGAACAGGCCUGGGGCUUCAACGACGGAUGAGAGUGUAGAUAAGAUGUACGGCAACGUUUACCAUCGAAAGCGUCAAAGGUCGGGGGCAAACCAGUCUUUUGCGUCUUCAUUUCCUUCAGAGGACGGAGGCAGGAUUUCGGAGGAUCGCAUGUAUGGGAUUCCCUUUGUUCGUAAACAGAGGGGAAAGAGACCAACUGAAUCUCCUACGACUGCUUUAUCAGGGGAAAUGGAAGUUGUGGAUGAUAACGAAGAACACCAGGUCCUGCCGUGUAAGUUUGGAUUCCUACAGCAAGAUGUGCUCAACGGAAUUUUUCAUCAAGCUAUGGUUUUUGUGGUUACUAAACCCUUGUUUAGUAGUACCAGCCGCUUUGCUUGCCUUCUGAAUUCUAUUCUGAGCUACAUGAUGCGGAGCAGGGUGCAGUUGUCAGACCUUACAGAUUUUUUGUCUGCUAAGCCGAUUGCUCAAGCUUUCUCCCUUAACGGCAUUCACUUGUUGCAUGAGGAUAAUCCAUGCAGCAUUAACCGGAAAAAUGAUGUCUUGGAAUCUGGAAUUUGCAAGAUUUUUGAGGCCUCAGGUUUCACACCUCUGUUCUCACUGGAUUUUCUUUCAGUUCCCUGUGCUUUUAUGUAUCUACAUUCCAGGAAGCACCUCGGGUAUCUACCUAAUGUUCUUCUGCGGUAUCUGAUGGGUUUGUAUACAAAAGCACGGAGAUUCUCCAACAGCCAACGUUUCCUGUCGUGUAUUCCCCUUCGGAUUGGUCUUUCUGGAAGUAAGAUUAUGACUUCCGGAAGUAAUUCUAUCGGAAAGAAAGAAGUGGCUUUUAUUGGUACAGAUCCCAAAUCAGCUGGCGGUGGCGCAUCAAGAAGACAUGGAUUGAAUCGUCACAGUAUUCAGAAGAAGAGUCGCCUGGUUUCUGGGAGAGGUAUAAAUCUUUCAAUUGCAGAGUUGCAGAGUUCCUGUAAUGUUGUUGGUUUGCUUUGUAGUAUGAAUGAGUGCUCUUUGCCUGUGUCUAAUCGCAAGCAUCGGAGGUCCAUGAGUGAUGGUUUGGGAGAAAAUAUAAAGGAUCUGAAAUCAACCUUGGUUGAAUUGAGGCAAAACAUAGAUUCACUAUCUUGCAGUGCAAACUUAUUGGUUAUUGAGCCAGAUAAAUGCUAUAGGGAAGAGGGAGCUGAGGUUUCGUUGGAACUGUCAACUUCAAAUGAGUGGUUAAUUGCUGCAAGGAGACAGGGUUCCUUGAGAUACUGUGUUAAAGCCCAAAAUGUGAUGAGACCCAGUACAUCAAAUCGUUUCACCCAUGCCAUGAUAUGGGCAGGGGUAAAUGGUUGGAAGUUAGAAUUUACUGACAGACGAGAGUGGUUGAUCUUUAAGGAGCUUCACAAGGAAUGCUAUGAUCGUAAUAUGCAGACUCCCUCAGUUAGAAUACUCCCUGUGCCUGGAGUUCAUGAAGUACAAGGAGAUGGGGGGAGCAAAUGUACUCCCUUUGUGCAACCUGAGAGGUACAUCACUAUGAAAGAGGAUGAAGUGGCGAGGGCAUUAAUGAGGACGACUGCGAAUUAUGAUAUUCAAUCUGAUGAUGAGGAAUUUUUAACCAAUUUAAAUAAUGAAUUCUAUUGUGGAGAUAAUGUUGGAUCUGAACGUAUCUCAGCAGACAAUUUUGAGAAAAUUAUAGAUACAUUUGAGAAAACUGCAUAUUGCAGUCCUGAUGAUGUCGCUGAUGAGAAUAAAGCUGUCAAUCUUUGUUUAAAUUUGGGAAGAACGGAAGUACUGGUGGCUAUUUACAAUCACUGGGUUAAAAAGCGUAAGCUAAAACGGUCAACACUGAUUAGGGUAUUCCAGUGUCAUCCCCCAAGGAGAGCGCAACUAAUCCAAAAACCAUUUCUGCGGAAGAAAAGGUCAUUCAAGCGGAAGGGUAGCCAAUAUGGAAGAGGAAAACAGCCAAGAUUCUUACAAGCCAUGGCGGAGGAACAUGAUGUCAUGGCAGCCAGGCAACGAUUUGAAGAAGCCAAAAGCUCUGCAAGAUCAUCUUUGGAGGUGGCUAUGCUCAAGCGACGAAGAGCACAGAUUCUUAUGGAGAAUGCAGACUUGGCAACUUACAAGGCCACCAUUGCACUGAGGCUUGCAGAAGCAAUUCAGAGAUCAGAGCUGCGGGCCACUGCCACCGCCACCUCCAUCACCACAGCCACAGCCACAGCCACAGCCACAACCACCGACAUUGCCUCUGCGAUCGCCACCGACACUGCCACUGCUACCGCCACAACCUCCUUCAUUGAGUGAGUGCAUGCACAGGGCUAAAUGUUGGUUUCUCUUGCUGCAGAUCCUUCAUGGUUCAGAGCAAAUGCGGUGGCAUGGGCAAAAGCCAUAAUUUUUCAGGGAGUCCUUUUGGCAAAGGCCUACCUCGAAGGCAUACUUUGAUGCAAGAGGAAUGUAAUUUUGUAUAGAUCAAGAUUUGUAGAUUUGUAUUAAUUUUACAAACAACCAUGUAGAACUGUAAUUCAGACGGUUGCACAAGGAAAAUACAGGCUGAAAGUGAUGCCCACAUAGCAUGAAAUCAUGUACGUUGAGGUAGAGAUCUGGAUGAGGAACAUUGAUCAGGUAUUUCAACUUCUUGGUCAUGUGGAAUUAGAUUAUAAAAAUCCAAGAUGAUUCUGGAA